AUGACCACCAGCGGCCCCGUCCCACUGGUCUCGCAGGUGCAGCGCAAGCCACUGACAUACACCCCAAGCCCAUGGGGUGACUUCUUCCUCGAGCACAUCCCAUGCACUCCAUCACAGUUCUUGUCAAUGAAGGAGAGGGCACAGAUCAAGAAGGAACAAGUGAGGCAGAUUGUAUUAGAAACCGUUGCCACCUCCAACCUGAUACAGAAGAUGGAGCUCGUCGACACGAUGCAACGGAUCGGGCUGGACUACCACUACAAGAAGGAGAUCAAUGAUUUGCUUUGCUCUGUCUACGAUGACAAAGAUGGAGGCUCUGACAACCUCUACAUCACCUCGCUGAGGUUCUAUUUGCUCAGGAAGCAUGGGUACGGAGUCACUUCAGGUGUGUUUGAGAAAUUCAGGGAUGAGCAAGGAACAUUUCAAGUGAUGAUAACUCGUGGGGAGGAUAUACUUGACAACAUCAUCACUUUCAACAAGAGCCACCUCCAAUCUCUACUGCUGCUGGAAAAUUUGGGGCCAGAGCAACAAGACGAGGUCCAGUGCACUUUGGAAACACCUCGGUUCAGGCGGGUCAGCAGAGUCGAGGCAAGGCGCUACAUCUCAGUAUAUGAGAAGAAGACUACACGGGAUGCGACCAUACUGGAGUUUGCAAAACUAGACUACAACAUCUUGCAAGCUAUCUACUGUGAUGAGUUGAAAGAACUUACAGCAUGGUGGAAGGAUUUCCAAUCACGAAUAGAUCUGUGCUUUACAAGGGACAGAAUGGUGGAGCUGCAUUUUUGGAUGCUCGGAGUGCUUUUUGAGCCUUAUCACUCAUAUCCACGGCAAAUGAUGACAAAGUUUUACAUAAUCAUGACCUUAAUUGAUGACCUUUAUGACAACUACAGCACCACAGAGGAGAGCGAUAUAUUCACUACGGCCAUGGAAAGGUGGGAUGAAGAAAUCACAGAACAGCUUCCAACAUACAUAAAGGCACUCUUCAUCAACAUACGUAACACUACAAAUAAGAUCGAGGAGGAGUUAAGACACAAGAAAAACAAGCAUGCUGAAUUGUUCAAGAAACUGGUGAUUGACAUGGCUAAAAACUACCAUGCUGAGGUGAAAUGGCGAGAUGAACAUUUCAUUCCAACCAAUGUUGAAGAGCACCUCCAAAUUUCCUUGCCUAGCAGUGGUUGUAUGCAUAUGACAAAUCUUGGGUUUAUUUCAUUGGGAGAUGUGACUACUAAGGAGGAUGUUGAGUGGGCUCUCACCUUUCCAAAAAUCAUUAGAGGUGUCUGUAUCGUGGGGCGUGUCGGCAAUGACAUCGUGUCGCAUGAGCGUGAACAAGCUAAGGAGCAUGUGGUAUCCACAGUGCAAACUUACAUGAACCAAUAUGAGGUGACAGUAGAGGAAGCCAACAAAAUGCUUAAAGUUAUAAUUGAAGAAGCAUGGAUGGAUAUUGUUGAAGAAUGCAUCGAGCACAAACGUCCUAUGGCACUUUUAGAGGUAGCAGUCAAUGUUGCCCAAACAAUGGAUUUCAUGUACAAGAGUGAAGACGCAUUCACCCUUUCAUUUAGCCUCAAGAACACUAUAGCUUCAAUAUAUGUCAACUCCGUGUGA